AUGUACCUGGUGGCGCUAGAAGAGCAUCUUCUGAUUCAGGCGUUACGUGCACUUCUGCCUGUUGAUGGCAAGCCGUGCCCGCCGAACCUGGCUCUUGCUGCCCGGAAUGAUAUCGUGGCGAUCGCCCAGGAUUUGUUGAGCGGUGAAGCACUGCCCACUUUUCUGCGCUAUGCUGAUGAGCUGGCGCUUCAUCUACAGGGCGAAACACGGGUGAUGUUCCCACCACUGCCGAGGGCUGCCGCUGAGUCCGGAACGCCUGCUGAGGCGUGUGCCGAAGCACACCUUCUGGAGGGCUCUGGUGCUCUUUGGGCGGCGAUCAGACAGGUUGCGACUUUACUGCCGUUUCGUGAUGAUCGGCGACCACAUGGCAAUGGGCGCGUGAUUGCCUUCGGUGCCUUCAAUAAGGGCGGCUUGUUGGGCAUCCACAAGCACACAACCAGUCAUCAGGCGGUGUGCACACUGCUCAACGCAGCGGUGCGAGCAGUCUCGGCGCAGCACUGCUGGACUACGCUUGUGCUCACCUACAACAACCACACCACCCCGCACUACGACAAAGGUAACAGCGAGGUGGUGCCUAGUCUGUUGAUGGGACUUACGCAUCAUGAUUCGGGAGAAGUUUGGAUUGAGCAACCUGGCGGCAGACACUACCAGCUUGUUGAUGGCUCCAUGGUGGCGGGUGAGCUGCACCAUACCAGCGCUUGUGGCCUGCUCUUUUCAGGGGCAAAGCAGUGUCACGCCACAUGUCAAUGGUCGGGUGCCAGGAUCACGCUCAUUGCCUACACCAUUCGAUGCCAUGAUUUGUUGCUGCAGGGGGUCACUGCUGCAAUGGCCUCUGCGGCUGAUGUGCCGCCCGGCAAUGGCAUUCCUGCAGCUCAGAUUCCCCCUCCGAGGCCCAUGCUUGUUAUAUAUGCGCUACACGGGGCUGCCAGCGAGCUUUUCCGGCUGGACGGCAUCGUCACUGCUGCCGUGCCUGUCGCUUGGGCAGUGGAAGCAGCCACACUAGACGGUGUGAUGCUGUCAGGCGCCAGCUCCUUGGACCAGGGGAAUUUAGAAGGGUCAGGUUUUGCGAGACCGCCGGAUGCCAGCUACUUGCUUUUGGUUUUCACUCAACGUGUUGUUCCACAUGCGGUCCUACCAUGGGCAAUUUUCAUACACGGCGUUGCCGGAGAACAAGGGUGCCGUCUCCUGGAAGGGACCAGCGGACGGCUUCGGGUCCUAUGUUUCGCGGAAGGGACCGCGAUUCUGGGACGCGUCAUAGCGGCAGCGAAGCAGUGGCGACUUGUGGAGCUGAAGCUCAAGUGGGCAUGCUAG